ACAUUCAGCUCCACCAAAGUUAAGGGCAAGAGAUCGAAUACAGAAAGGGUUUUUUAAACUGCUGUCGCCAAGCCAUAAUCUUCAACAAGAUGUGGAAAAGUUGCAAAUGUCAAUUAUGUAUCCCCCUGGAACUAUGCCGUUGAAUCCAAUUGUAGAGCUAGAUGAACAAGCUCCAGAAUCACCUAGUGAUGGCAAUGUUCUUAAAUUUGAAAAUAGGAAACCUUUUUUUAAGUCUGCUUUAAAAGCAAUAAUAAAUGCUACUCAAUUUAAGUUGUUUUGGGAACACUCAUCUGAUAAUGUACAAUCAUAUGCAAAAGGCUGUUAUUGGGUUUUUUAUGCUGCUCCUGGCGCAGGACAUAAAAUAACAGUUUUGGAUGAGUAUGAUCCAUACACUAAAAACGAAUCGAUAAGAACGAAUUUGGUCAUUGCCAUUACUAUGUUCGUAAUUACCAUAGUCAUCAAUUUUUUCGCUAAGCGCUCGGAACAAUACUUAAAAUAUUUUGAGUCAGCAGCGGGCAUGUUCACAUUCUUCAUAGUAUUCGGAGCAAUGUUGGGUAUGCACUUUGCGAUGUUCCUAAUACCACGUACUCGAAAAAUCCCAGUAAAUUUCAUAUGUUUACUUAUUAUUUCGAUGCUGGCAAGCAUUAUGACAUCAUUUUUGACAGCAAAAUUCAAGACGUACAUUAUUAUGUGUAUCUUAACAAUUGUUUGCGUUUCUGGUACUGUACAUGUGUUCCUCGCCACUUCCAGGUUUGACUUCCGCAGGUUCUACCUGAUAUUCAUAACUGCUGGUGCUGCAACCAUCGGAUCCUUUGUGUUAUCAGCCCUAAUGUUUAUAUUAAGAUGGUUCAACGGACCUUUGCAAGUUAUGUGGACGUUACUAUUGGGGAACGCAAUGUCUAUAUGCCUUGCUAUGGAACUCACACUGAUAGCCCAAAUGAAAACGUUGCUCUUGAGUGACGAAGAUUAUUGUUUGGGUGGAUACAUGUUAUUCAUGUCCACAGUGGAUGUUUUUAUACGAAUAGUGCAAAUUCUAAUUAGGUUCGAUAGAUAUUGAAACGUACCUAAGUUUAGCUCGUGAAUAUUUAUAUCUCUCCAACGAUUACAAAGGUGUCCCAAAAUUUACUCAAGAAGUAAUUUUGAUAGAAAACACAGAUUUAUAAUUGAAGAUUUUAAUUUUUUUAAUUGACCAUGAAGUACACUGUGAAGGAAUUGAACGCUGUAUCAACGAGAUUCACAGUUAUGCAAAAUGGUCAUCGACAAUUUCAUGAAAAGAGUGCGGCCAUUUACCCGACAUCUUUACCACACAUAACCC